AUGGCUAGCAAGCGCGGCACCAAGUCCUCCGCCGCCGACGAGAUCGACGAGCUGUUCGAGGGCAUCGGCGACGAUGCAGCAGCCCCUAAGAAGCCUGCAGCCAAGGCUACCGCAGCCGGAAAGCAGAAGCCAGGCGACGACAUCCUCGCCGAGCUCGAGAGCGAGCUAGGAGACAAGGUCCCGUCACGGCCUCACACUCCCCGCGUCAGGGAGACCACAAAGCCCGCCAAGCGUGUCGGGACCCCUACAACAGAUGCUGGUCGUCCGUCAACCGAAGAACCCAAAUCCGCUCUCCCUCGAAAGUCAGGAGAGAGCACUCGAUCGUUCCACGCGAGCUUCACACCCAGCGCCACCUCCUCCGAGCUGCAAGACACCGAGAAGGCCAAGGGCACUGUCGAGCAGCAGCAGACAGCAGCAGCAGGCGGCGGCGGCGGCUGGUGGGGCGGGAUCCUAUCAACAGCUUCGGCUGCUAUGAAGCAGGCUGAGGCGGCCGUCAAGGAGAUCCAGCAGAAUGAGGAGGCCAAGAAAUGGGCAGACCAGGUGCGAGGCAAUGUUGGUGCUCUUAGAGGGCUGGGCGACGGUCUUGCACACAGGGCACUCCCUACUCUGACUGAUAUCAUGAACACCCUCGCGCCCCCAAUUUCGCAGCACGAGCGGCUUCUUAUCCACAUCACCCACGACCUCGUUGGCUACCCAUCGCUCGACCCCAUCAUCUACGGUGUUUUCAGCCGCGUUAUGGCACAGGUUGAGGGCGGUGACCUGAUGGUGGUUCAGCGCGGGCACGAGAACACCAUCAAGUCCCCCUCCAACGAGAAGAGCGGUUUCUUCUCCGGGGGGCACAGCACAGCCGGUUGGAGAGACGGCCCCUGGUGGCGAGACGUCGGCUCGCCCCGUGAUCUCGGCCUGAUCAAGGGUCUCACCGAGGGCACGAAGCUCUGCCGCGCCAGCGCCGAGGCCUACUCCACCGAGUACUUUGCUGCUUCGGGCGGCGUUGAAGGCGCCAGGGAGCGAGCCAUUCAGCCCGUCAGCGAGAGUAACCCUGUGCGAAGCUCGGAUCUAUUCCUGUCCGUUCAGGCCAUCGUCACCGACGAAGACAAGGAGCUAUUCGCAGGCGCAGCGUCCAGCGAGAAGGAGAAGGAAUCGUCUUCUGUGCUUGAGGAGGGCACCAACGACGCGCAGGUCUGCUUCGCGGUCUUCAUACUCGACCCUGUGCACGAGAUCCAGUUCAGUGCCAUCAGCCAAGCCGUGCCAGCCCGGUGGGUCCGCUGGCUGGACGCCCCAUCUCCGUUGACGCCUGCAAGCAGCAACGAUGGCAGCGGCCGGGGUGAGGUGGAGAACGUGCCUGAGGAGAUCAGGGACAUCGUUGAGAGCGGUGGAGUGGACCCGCGGGAGUGGGUGGCUGAGUGGGUUGAGGAGGUGCUCACGCUCUCGAUUGGUGUGGUGGCGCAGAGGUACGUCGCCCGACGGAUGGGAGUCGGUGAGGGCGGCAUUGGCAAGGGCAAGAGGAGAAUGGAGGAAGUCGUCGCUGAGGGCGGUGGUGAGGCUGCGCGGGCAGGUGUCAUCUGA